AUGCAGGAACGCAGUAACAUUAGAAAAUUGAUUGGAGUAGUUACUUUGACAUCUGUGCCGAGGAAUCAGGCCGAGAUCGAGCUGUACAGAGUGAUGCAACGCGCAAGCCUCCUGUCUUAUUACGACACCCUCCUCGAAAUGGGCGGCGAUGAUAUGCACCAACUCUGCGAGGCGGGCGAAGUGGAGUUUUUGGAAAUAAUGGCUCUUGUUGGAAUGGCAGCGAAACCUCUUCACGUUAGGAGAUUUCAGAAAGCUCUCAAUGAGUGGUUGAGGAAUCCUGCAAUGUUCCAGACGCCUUUGGAGCCUGAAAGAUCAAGUGUGGUUCGAGAUUGUGUUUCCCCUCUCACUCGAAACCCUGGCGCUAAUCUAGUCAACUCUUGUACCCCUCCCCCUAGUGUACCUGUUUCUUCUAGUUUUGGAUCCCCCGUUCCGGCCAACAAAAUCCCAUUAAAGACUGAUUGUUGGGGCCCUCCGCGGGUCUACUCCCCAGGCUGCGCUUCAGCGUCUAGUGCCAGCCUGAGUUCUUCCCCCGGUUCACCUGCCCCCAAUCCCCUCCAAGUUGUUGCAACUAGUGGAGAUAAUAUUAUUGCUGUGGCAAAUCCAGCUCUUUACAAAUCACCUCCAAUCGACGCUGAUGCGAUUAAAAUUGAAUUCAAUUCCAAUUAG